AUGUUCUUUUUAGUUUUUAAAAAAAUAAAAAAAAAAAAAAAAAAAAUUUCAUUAUUUUUAUCGCAAUAUACGAUAAUAGUUUUAUUUGUAAUUCAAAUAUUUUAUUUAAAUUUAAUCAACUGUUUACAUUUAAAUAACGAUUCAAGUUUUUCAAAUAAGAUAGAAACGUUCGGAGAGGGAACCACGAAUUAUAACAUACCAACGUGUAAUUUGUGCACUAAUUGUUCUGUGUGCAUACAUGAGAAUGGCGCGUCAGAGAACAUAAUACCCAUGGUGGCCGUGCCAAGCAAGAGGAAAUAUUUUUAUGAUAUGGAAAAUAAAGCAGGAGAUGAAACUGUGGAUUAUUUAGAAAAAGAUAUAAAUAAAUAUAAUGAUGAUCCUGUUGACAAGUACUCGGAGAGAAAUAACUUAAACAAAAAAAAAAAAAAAUCUUAUAAUUUUCUUGAAAAUGAUGACACAUCGUUAGAUAUGUUGGGUAACUACCAAAUUAUGAAAAUAGUCAGGAAAAAAAAUGUUCACGAGGAUAAUUACAAAUACAAUAGAGACGUAAAAGAAAAUUAUGAGGAAAAUUAUGAUAAAAAUUAUGAUAAAAAUUAUGAUAAAGAUUAUGAUAAAGAUUAUGCUAAAAAUUAUGAUAAAGAUUAUGCGGAAGAUUAUACAGUCAAUAAUGAUGAGACGCCCGGUAGUGAUGCCUUGAAUGAUGAAUAUUUUGAAGACUACAUAUAUGGCAAAAGAGAAGGUGCAGAAAAAGGGGAUAGUACAAUUAAAAAAAAGGAGGUUUCAUUAAAUGACCAAGUAACUUUACCCCUGAAGCAACUACAGGACAGUCAAUAUGUUGGAAUUAUCAAAAUAGGAACUCCUCCUCAAACUAUAAGACCUAUUUUCGACACUGGAAGCACGAACAUAUGGAUAGUCAGCACAAAAUGCAAAGAUGACACCUGUUUGAAAGUGAACAGAUACAACUACAAACAGUCCAAGAGUUUUAGGUACUUCACACCCCAUACAAAUUUAGAUAUUAUGUUUGGCACAGGCAUAAUUCAGGGGGUAAUAGGUGUGGAAACCUUUCAAAUAGGCCCCUUUAAAGUAGAAAACCAGCCAUUUGGUCUUGUAAAAAGAGAAAAAGGAAAUGAAAAAAAAUCGAAUGUUUUUGAAAGAAUAAAUUUUGAAGGAAUUGUAGGUUUAGCAUUUCCUGCAAUGUUAUCCACUGGAAAAAACCCUAUUUAUGAAAAUUUAAUGUCUACAUAUAAGUUUAAACAUAAUGAAUUUUCCAUAUACAUAGGUCGUGAUAAUAAAUACUCGGCCUUAAUAUUUGGAGGAGUGGAAAAAAGAUUUUUUGAAGGAGAUAUAUAUAUGUUUCCAGUCGUCAGAGAAUAUUACUGGGAAAUACAAUUUGAUGGCUUAUAUAUUGACCAUCAAAAAUUUUGUUGUGGCUCUAAUUCAAUUGUGUACGACUUAAAGAAGAAGGAAAAAAAUAAAAGGGAAAAAAAAAAAUCCUAUAUGAGAAAAUAUUUAAAAAAAAAAUAUGACUUAAAAAGUAUGAAAUUGUGGUAUCCGGAUGAUCAAAAUUGGGAACAUGAUAAAAGUUGGAAACAGGACAAUAAUGCAGAACAUGAUCGACAUAAUGAAUAUAAUAACAAGCACGAAGAAAAUGGUAAAAAAUUAAAGAAAGAUAAAAAUUAUUUAAUAUUUGAUUCAGGAACUUCCUUUAAUAGUGUGCCUAGGGCGGAAAUAAAAUAUUUCUUUAAAAUGGUUCCCCCAAAGAAAUGUGAUGACAACAACAUUGACGACAUAAUAGCAAGCUACCCCAAUUUGACCUACAUCAUCAAUAAAAUGCCUUUCACAUUAACACCAUCACAGUAUUUAGUUCGAAAAUUCAAUACAUGUAAGCCGGCAUUUAUGGAAAUAGAAGUUUCGCCUGAAUAUGGACAUGCGUAUAUUUUGGGGAAUGCAACGUUUAUGAGAUACUACUAUACUGUUUAUAGAAGGGGAAGCGAAAAUAAAAACUCAUAUGUUGGAAUAGCCAAGGCUGUUCAUGCAGAAGAUAAUGAAGCAUAUUUAAGCUCUCUGCACAAAAAGAUGAACGGAUUGUAA